AUAGUAGAUAUACAAGAAUGAUAUAUGGCUACAAACUAGAGUACAAACAUCUCAAUCUCGAGCCUAAAGUUUUCGAAGCAUUCUCAAAUCUCACUGCCACAAUUCAUUCAAUUCGCUCGUUCUGUGUUCCGUGUCAAUUCAGAGUAAAAUGUCAAGUGUCAAUUAUGUCAAAUAAUAUGGAAAUGAAAAAUCUUGGUUUGAAUAAUUUUAAAUUUGACUUCUAUUCUUUAUUCUUAAUUUUCAGCUAGGAAUUUUGGAUGUUCUUUUAAGUUUUUAUUUACAAACAGGGUGAGCUGAACUCACCUGACAUAAAGAUAACCACAACCAUAUUGAAACUGUCCAUUCUUCCAAAAGUUGUAAUUAUUUAGCACUUCAUAUUUCUCUAUUGAUCAAAAUGGGUUUUUGAUGAUGAGAAUUGAGGGAAUAAAAUGUGGCCCCUAUUACUGGAUAUGACGAAAGACGAAUCUAUUCAAAAUCUGCGGAAUUUAGAACUAGAAGCUUAUUCACAUCUAGUAUCUGCUCUGAGAGCUCAGGGUUCACUGAGCUUAGAUAAGCGCAAGCUAUUGAAGGAAACUGGCUGUCUUCUCAAUAUAACUCAAGAGAGGCACAAAGCUGAAGUAAGAAGAGCAAUUAGUGAUGAAAAGUUGAAUACAAUAGCUUAUCACAUAACAGGUCAAAGUGAAUCAGUAGAUGAAUGGGCACAAGAAGGAAGAAGAUUAGUACCCCUUCUGCCAAGAACUCCACCCCAAACUCUAUAUUCAUCUGUUGCUGAUGAUGUUGGUGAAUCUGCUAGUCAAUCCAACAGACAACUACCAUUGCCAUCUAAUACAGAAAGACACAAACCAUCUGUCAUUCAAAUUCCAAUUAUAACAGCAGCAGAAACAGCUAGUAAGUCUGUUCCAUUUAGAAUCCCUGAUCCUCCAAAAGGUGAAGAGAAUACUAAAAAGAGAAAGUUGGCUGGCAGCUCUGAGAAUAGUAGCUUGGCUCAACAACUUUUGACUCCCAAGUUAUGUAGAAUACAACAAUUAUACAGGCAGAGAACUAAACAGAAACAGAAAGAACUCCACAAAAAAACAGACCAAUCAGACCAUAUUGAAAUGGUUCACCAACACAGAGCCAUGCAGCAUAUUCCACAACAGUCUAUGGUUAUUCCUACUUCACAAAACCAAUUUAUCAAUCAAAAAGUGAACAUUCUCCAAAAUGUCAGCUUGCAACCAAUCAAAGAAGAAUCCGUGGAUCAGGAAGACAUUGAUCGCAUAAAUAUGAAAAUACCUGACACUGUUUCAGGUCCUCCAGUAUUUUGCAAUGAGAAUCAUGCUCCUAGUCAAAGACCUAAAAUUGUUACAAGUAUCAAACCGAAUGCUGCCGAAAAUCCUAUCAUGAGACAAAGUUCACCUCAACCUGCUGGUUCAAGUAACGAGGUUCCAAAAGCAAUACGAGUUUGUCCAGGAAAGAAACCAAUUACCAAAACUGUGAAUUCCCAAAAGUUGAUAGUUGUUUCAAAUGCACAAAGUAUUCCAACUAGCAGUAUUCUACAAAGAACACUUCAAAUACCUUUUGUGAAGAAUGUGUCUAUCAAGAAUUUAGAAAAAUUCAAAAUUGUCCCAAGUAUUUCAUCUCCAACUCCUAUGCACCUGAAUAAUGUCAACUCUGGUUUGAAUAAUGUCAAGCAUAAAAUGGUGACAGUUAAGACUAAUCCCAAUUCGAAAAAGGUUAUACCACUUUCCCAAUUGCAAGUUUUGAACUCUAAAGGUAGUAUUAAAGUGUUACCUUUGGGUGGAAAGAUUGUAGGAAAAAGUGUUACAGAAACUGCAUCGCCUUUAUUUAUUAUGAAUACUAGUCAACAACCGACAAAGAGCACUUCUAGUUCACUGAUGACAUCUAGCAAAAUUCAGAACGGCGAGGAAGCCAAAGUGCAAGUAUUAGAAAAUGAAUCUUGUGAUUUGAAUCGAGAAAAUGGUAAAUCAACUGUUUUGGGGGAUAUCCUUAAAGCGGCUGGUGUUAUAUCAGGAGAUUCUGUACCAGAGGAUUAUGAUACAAAAAUUGAAGAGUUUCAUAUUCCUCAAAUUAUGAAUAGAAGUACAGAAAAUGUACAUAGUGAAGUUUUUGAGAUGAAUAAGGAUGAAGAACAAAAUGGAGAUGUUUCUACAAUAUUCGAAAUGGAGACUUUGAAAGAGGAAGAGCACAUCAUUGAACAUGAUGAAGUCCAAAUUGAUACAAAUAUAAUAGCAAAUGAUGUUAUCGAAUCUGAAAACCCAUCGACAGACAUGGAAGAAUUUACUGCAAUAAAUGACGAAUUAUCCACUGAAGUUCCAGUUUUAUUUGAAAUGGAGUAUUUAAAUGCCAAUGAUAAUAAUGGAUUCACCUAAUAUUUAUUUAUUUAUUUUGUGAUUUAGAAAUGUACGUGUAUUUUUUGUAAAUUUGUGUAUGUUGUAUAUCAAAAUCGAUCUCUCUGAGGAAGGAUUUUCGAGAAAGAUAGAGAUGCUGUAAAUUGAAUUGAAUAAGCUGUUAUAAAUAAUUUAGAAUAUUGGAAUGCUCAAAUGACAAUGAUAUUUUUUAUUUAUGUUAAAAUUGGUGUCAUUAUAUUUAUUUUAAAUAAUGAUUGUUGACCUUCAUUUUGUAUAUACAACUUUUCUUAGUUACUUAUA